AUGAGUAAUGAUUAAUUGGAUUUUUUUUAAAUUUGUAUUGAUUCAAUAUUUUGUAAAAGUGAGAACUGUUAAUUAGAUCAUUCUAGAAAAUAUGUAGGAAUUUGCAUAAAAUUUUUGAGAAUGGAAUAAAAAUAUAAUGAAUAGGAAUAGGAAUUUAAUUUGGCUGAUUGUUAAAUUAUAGGGUGUAAAUUUUACCAUUUCAAAGAAGAUAAAUUAAAUGAUCAAUUAUAAAAAUCGACAAUAAAUGGUGUUUUUCCUCAUAAUUUAUGUAAGCAGAAUUGCAUGUCCAAAGAUUGCAGAUAUUUGCAUAGAGGAUGGAAUAACAUAUGCUUAGCUAAUUAUUUUACAGCUUGUAAAAAAUGUAACCGUACUCACAAAAAAUGGGUUGAUCUCAAAAAAGAAGUGAACAAUUAAUCAUAACUAAAGGAUUAUACACCAGAAGAAUUGGAUGACGAUAAAAAUAAUCCACUUUUUCUAGAUGGAUAUUGUAUACCUUUUUUUAAAGGAGAGUGCCCUAAGAUAAGAUGUAUUAAAAAUCAUAUUGAUUGGGAAGAUAUAAAUCUUAAAAUAAAAUAAGUUAAUGCAUUAUAACCUUGUACAGUGAAUUAAGAUAAAAUAAAUUAAAAUAAACAGUUGGCUCCAGUCUCUAAUAAUUUAGAAUUACUCUGUGAAGAGUCAGAAUUAAUACAUUAUAAGAAACAUUUCUUAGAAUAAAAUGUGAUUGAUAUUCUUUUCAUAAUGGAUUUAACAGGAUCUAUGUAAGUUUGGAAAAAUGAAGUUUAAUGUACUAUUACAUUAAUAAUUCAAUAAUUUAAAAAUUCAAUUAAUGGAUAUUAAAUAAGGGUGGCAUUUGUAGGUUACAGAGAUGUAUGUGAUGAAAAUGAUUAGAUUGUAUAUUAUGCUUUUACUCAAAAAGUUGAAGAUAUUGAAAACUUUAUAAGCAAAUUGGAAACGAAAGGGGGAGGUGAUGAAGCAGAAGAUAUUGCAGCUGGAUUUGAAUAAGCAUUAAAAUUGAACUUUUCACAUCAUAGUGACAGUUUAUUAUGUACAUUUUUAAUAGCUGAUGCACCUUGUCAUGGAUAAGACUAUCAUAAUAUUGAAUCAGAUAAUGAAGCUUAUACAAAAGAAAAAAAUUACUUUGAAAAAAUACUAUAAAAAUUUAGAUAAAUAAAGAAGAAUAACUUUUUAUGUUGUGUUAAAAUCACAGAUUAAACAGAUAUUAUGUUUUAAAAAAUGAAAUUAGUUUUUCCUUUUAUUACUAUUACGACUAAAAAGAAACCAGAAGAAUUAUCAGAAUUAGUAACAUUUAGUUUACGGUAAUCUGUUCAGGAAUCAAAAAUACUCAAACAGCAACUUAAAUUUGAUUAUUAUUAAGUUAAUUUUGAAAAAGCAAAAUUAGAUAAUUUUAAUGAUAAUUAUCAUAAUUAAGAGUAUUGGAAAAAUUACAAAAAUAUAAUUGAUUCAAUGAAAAGUAAAGGAAUUACAGGUUUAAAGAUUACAAAAGAUAUAAAUGAAUUAAAUAAUUAAGAACUUAAAUCAAAAACAAUUAUCUUUAAGGCUUUUGAUGCAAUAAAUAACAGAGAAGUAAUUCUUAAAAUUCCAAAAGAUGUUUAUAAUAAGGAAGGAGAAAUUAAUGAUUAAGAAGUGAAAUAAGCUGAAAAAUUAGCAGAAAUAAGAUUUUAUUCUUCCACAUAUGCUUGUUAAAUGGCAUAUUUCUUUAAUUAAGAAUUAUAAAAAGGGGAUCUAUUUAAUGAAAUGCAACCCAUUUUUUAUGCCCAUCCAAUUCUAUAUUAAUUUAAAAAACCUUUUUAUGGAUUAAAAAAAAUAUAUGGAGAAACAUUCAUAUAGAACUAAUUUUAAUUUGAAAAAUAUACAACAAACUUUAACUAUUGUGAUACUCAAAGAUAUUUUUAUUCCACAUUUAGCCAUUUCUCAUUUACAGUAAGUUAAGAAAUUCUAGUCAUUACAGAUCUACAAGGAUUUAAUAACAUUUUUACUGAUCCUUCAAUUUAAACAGACAAAAAAUGGAAUUCAAUCUUGAAUGAAGAUGAAACUAAUCUAAAAGAUAAAGGAAUUUUAAAUUUUAAAGAAAUUCAACACAAAGAUUGUUCUUAUCUUUGUCGUAAAUUAAAAUUAGUAGAGUUUUCUAAUCAUUCUAACAUUAACUAGAGUUAAUGUCCAAAAAUGUCACUUUACAAUCUUCAUGGUAUAUGCAAUAUUUGUGACGAAUUUUUUGAAUUAAAUUUGGAGAAGAUAAAAUUAGUAAAGGAGAAAAAGCUUUAGUUUUAAUGUGAUUUUUGUUUAAGUGAACAAGAGAACCAAGUUUGUUAAAAUUGUGAGUGCUGCUAUAAAAACUAUAAAAUAAUUAUUAAUUAGGAAAUUAAAAGGCAAACGAUAUUAGGAAUAUGUGAUGAAUGUUAAAAAAUUUGUGACACUGUAAAUGUAAAACCAAAUAUGUGUUGUUAUUAUUGUAAAAAAAAAUGUUAAAGGAUAUUGAAAAAGUAGAUAAUUAAUUUAUAAGUAAUUUAUCUUUGUUAAGAUGCUUUUGAGUAUAUUAAUUAGAUUUAAUGUAUAAAUUGUAAGUAAUUAUAUAACAAGUAAGAUAUCAUUUCAUAGGAUGCAUAUACUAAUUAAUCAUACAUUUGUUGUUAAAUAAUUACAAAAUGA